UACAUCUCGAUCCGACAUCUCUUCUCCCUGCUUAGCUCGCAUCACCUACUUCAAAGCUCAUUCGUCCUAAUCCUUCGUCUCGGCUUCACGUCUUUCUCCCUGCGUGGCUUCUUUCGCGCGCUGCAUAUCAAUUGCAAGCUCCGCAGAUAUCCUCCUCGUCUCCACAUCUUUCUUCCCGCUUCUACACCAUUCUCAUCUCCUCCCCAGCGACACCAUGGCCGAAGAGAAAGUCAGUCCCGCAGGCUACGCCCUCGCCGUCAUGAACGCAAUUAUCCUCUUCUUGAGCUGGGCCACCAUUGGCGCACGCAUCACCAUCCGCCACAGCGGUCACAAAUACGGAAAAGACGACACUUUGAUGCUCGUCAGUCUCUUCUUCUUCACCCUCUUCGCCGUCUUCGUCUUCUGCGCAAUCGACAACUUCAUUUUCUCUCCCUCCGACCACCCCAACUGGACAAGCGACGAGCGCCGCAAAGCAGGGCUCUUCUACUACCUCGCACAACUCACAUACACGCUCGCAAUUGUCUGCACACGGACUAGCAUUGCACUGGCCCUUCUCCGCAUCGCCCGCAAGAAGUGGCACCAAGCGAUCCUCUACGGCACAAUAGCCUUAAUGAGCGUAACGGCUCUAGCUACCGCCGCCACCCUCGCCGCAUCGACUUCACACAUCCAGAAGCAGUUCGACAGCGGGACUAGACCGCGUUCUAGAUCCGACGCGCUCCGCACUAUGGUGUUUAUCUUCUCUGCGACAUCGGCGGUCGAGGACAUCGUGAUUGUGGUAAUGCCGUAUCUGAUGCUGUACAACCUCCAGCGCGACAGGGCUGAGCGAAGGGGAUUGAUUCUGUUGCUGGCGAUGGGCGGCGCCGCUAUCGUGGCCAAUGUUGCGCGGAUUCCGUUUCUGCCUGGCGUGGGCAGGUCGGGGCCUGGGCAGAGGGCGGGAUUGUUCUUCUGCUCGCUGUUUGAGCUGGGGAUUGGAAUGCUGGCGGGGAGUGCGGUUAUGUUGAGGACUACAUGGAGGCAGUUCUGGGAAGGGAGGGGAUGGGGAAGGAGGUCGGUGAAUGUGGAGUUGUCGAGGCGUUCUUAG